CACCGAUCAUCCAUAUCCCAUCCUUACAUAUUCUUCGUGCUGGCAUCCAGUCUACAAUCUCUGAAACAUCUACUCAGAUUCUCACUGGCGAGAAUGGCUUUCAAUCUCCUUGGACUUGUGGCUGUCAUUGUUUUUUAUAUGCUGAUUCUUGCAACUGGGAUUUGGGCUUCUCGAAAAUCAAAGCGAGAAGAAAAAUCAUGCCCUGGACCCAGAAGUGAAGUGGCCAUGGUUGGAGGCAGGAACAUUGGAACCUUGGUUGGGAUUUUUACAACAACAGGUGGCUUUUUCUUUGUUAAGCCAAUGCGGACUAAGCAGUUUGUCACAAUGAUGGAUCCAUUCCAGGAGAAAUUUGGCAGAGUAUUGGGCAGCCUCCUCUUGAUCCCAGCUGUACUGGGAGAUAUAUUUUGGUCGGCUGCUAUUCUUGCAGCACUGGGAGCAACAAUGACUGUAAUUUUGGACAUUGAAACCUAUUUGUCCAUUAUCCUGUCAGCCUGUGUGGUUACAAUAUACACACUACUGGGGGGCCUCUAUUCAGUAGCUUAUACAGAUGUAAUGCAAAUGGUCUUUAUUGUCAUCAGUCUGUGGUUUUGCGUGCCUUUUGCCAUUAUGAAUCCAGCAGUUGCAGACAUCAAGUACACCAUGGUAAAUGAACUUUAUCAGAGCCCAUGGAUUGGUAAAAUAGAGACGAAUCAGAUUUCCCGAUGGAUUGAUGAUCUUCUUUACAUGAGUUUGGGAGGUAUUCCCUGGCAGGUGUACUUUCAGCGAGUUCUUGCAGCAUCAUCUACUUCUCAAGCAAGAAAGACAUCUUACAUAGCCGGUGUCUUCUGCUUCACAUUGUCUUUCCCUUCCAUCAUUAUUGGAGCAGUUGCUGUAUCUACAGAUUGGAAUCAAACAAGCUACGGUUUACCCACUCCAAGUGAGAGACAAGAAUCAAGCAUGAUAUUGCCCAUUGUCCUCCAGUAUCUUUGCCCUGCUUAUGUUGCUAUGUUGGGAAUUGGUGCCGUUUCAGCAGCAGUUAUGUCAUCUGCAGAUUCAUCACUUUUAUCAGCAAGCUCUAUGUUUGCACGCAAUAUCUACAAGACCAUUAUCAGGAAAAAGGCUGCUGAGAAGGAAGUGAUAUGGAUUAUGAGGACUGCAGUGGUUUUGUUUGGAGCUUUAGCUACCGUACUGGCAAUUCUAACAAAUUCUAUUUAUGGCCUGUGGUUCCUGAGUUCAGAAUUCGUGUAUGCCAUACUGUUUCCACAACUUGUCUGUGUCCUCUUCAUCCCGAGCACAAAUACCUAUGGAUCGGCUGCAGGGUAUUUGAUUGGAUUAACUCUGAGACUAUUAGCUGGUGAACCUUUCCUUCAGAUCCCACCAAUAAUUCAAUAUCCAGGCAUUUCCUUUAAGAAUGGCACCUUUGAACAGCGUUUCCCAUUUAAAACCUUCACAAUGCUGCUGUCCUUACUUUCCACUGUGGUGUUCUCAUAUCUGGCGUCAUUUGUAUUUAAGAGAAAGAUUCUGCCUGUAAGAUUCGAUGUUUUCAAAAUUACUGAAAAAGUAUUUGCCUUGAGUUGUCUACACCAAGCUGCUCCUGGAGACUGUGUGUACAACAGUAUGACUGAUGUCACCAUUCCCUGGUUCAAGGCAAAGAGCAAGGAGUCAACAACUUCCAUCAUGGAGCUCCAGUAUGCAGAUGACAACACCACUGUAGUUCACUCUGAGGAGGACCUGCAGUGCAUAAUGAGUCCUUUUGUCAGAUCAUACCUGCUCCUGGGGCUUAAUCUAAACAUCAAGAAAGCCCAAGUCCUGCAUCAACCUGUUCCAGAUCAAGCUCCUAAGCCUCCAACCAUCCAAUUUGACAAUAUCCCUCUGGAAAAUACUGAUCAUUUCCCAACCUUGGCAGCCUUCUUUCUUCAAAAGACAACACUGAGCUUGAAUUAA